AUGAAGAACAUGGGAGUUGUAACGUUAUGGUGGCUCGUGGUGGUUUGGCUGUUUAUAUCACAAACAGAUGCAAGUUUCAACAGUUAUAACUUCAACAAUGGAACGUUUUUAUAUACGUGUGGAGUUAAAACACAUUUCUUCACUGAAGCUGUUGAAUUAUGCGAGCAAGCGAACGCACAACUGGCUGUGAUUAAGACAAAGGAAAUGUUUAACGCGGCUGUUCAGGCUGUUUCUACAAAUUGUAGCAGCAUAUUUCAAUUUAGGAUCGGAUUGAGGAAAAAUGCAAGUACUGGUAACGAAUAUCGAUGGUUGGAUGGUUCUCGGUUUGAUUCUCAACAAGUUGGUGGAAGGAUAAUUACGAACGUAUCAACAGAUGCGUGUCUUGCUGUCUUGCUGCAUAAUGGUGUGAAUAAAACAUUGCAGGCCGUUUCCUGUACCGUUGCAUUCAACGUACUUUGCUACAGAAGCCCUACAAAUAAUAAUACUACAAACAACUCGUCCACAACUACGGCUACAAGCACAAUAACUACAACAGAAACAGCAGCAGCAACUAAAAGCGAUAACGGAACAACAACACAAACACCUACAACAGCAACAAGCUACAACGUAACUUCAACAACACGAACAACAACUGAAAGUAAAGCAACAACUGAAGCAACCACAACAACACGAACAACAACUGCAAGUAAAGCAACAACUGAAACAACCACAACAACACAAACCACUCAACCGAUAGCGACAUGGUUGAUUGUUGUGAUCGCUCUUGGAGGAAGUUUAUUCUUGUUCCUAAUCUUGGUUGGGAUCUUCUGCUGUUGUUGGUGGAAGAAACAAAACAAUGCAAGCGGUUUAAAUGAAAACAGGGAAGACUCGACGACUGAACAGGGGGGUGGACCAACUCACGGUUUGGAAAUAAUUGAGAUUCGGAGUAAAUCGGGUGGCAGUCAAGGAGGGAGUGAACACCAGUCAAGUGAACAGCAUUCGAGUGAAGAUCAUUCAAGUGGACACCAGUCAAGUGAACGGCAUUCGAUUGAACGGCAUUCGAGCGGACCGAAUUCUGAGAAUGUAUACGACUUUGCUGAAGUUUCGGACGAAGCAUCAGACACCGAGAACAUGGAGCUUGAACGAUACACACCAAUGCGAAGUCUAAGUGAACGAAUACAAGAAGCAGAGUAUGGGAUAAUAAACCAACCAAAACAUGACCCAAAUGCUUAUUCAACGUUGUACGAGAUCGAUAAAUCACCAGCGCAUGAUGAUGGACCAGCUUACGCUACUAUUGGUGUAAACAACAAGCCCGGUGUAAGAAGGGACAAAACUGUUUAAUAAAUAUGUAAAGAACUGUUCCGUGUGUCUUAGUCUGUAGAAUGAAGCCCUUGUUAUAACUAGUUAAUGUAUGUGGUAGUACUGCAUUUCUAAGUGUACGAAUGACGUAAGUAACUUACUUAUCUUUUCGCGCAAGCUACGAUCUUUAUAUAUAUAUAUGAUCUACAAUACACACAUAUCGCUGCAGUUUGUUUAAUUACAAAAGUACAUCAAUACGAACUUUAACGUUAAAUACGCAUUACAAGUGUUAAGUUUAGUUGGAAUACAGUAUAAAUAGCAUA